CUCUACCAAUCCAUCCAUCUACGUAUCACUGCGCAGCGCACCCAGCCAGCUACUUGGCGACCAGGAAGUCGACCACCUUCAUGGGCCGCACAUCCGGGAACGCCUCCAUGUCGGGCCGCAGCUUGCCCCUGCCGUCAAAGACGUUCUUGGCGAAGAGCAGGGGGAUGACGCCGCUCGACUGCUCCUCCUCGGCCUCCGGCUGCUCCUCGUCACGCAGAGUGACGCUGGCAGCGGCCGCACCACCGGCAGCGGCAGCAGCACUGCUGGUGCUGGUGCCAAUGCGACGGUCGAUGUCGGCCUGCAUUGCAACAGACAGAGGGGUGUGUGGGGCGGGGCUGGUGGGGCGGGUAGGGGAUGGGAUGGUGUGUCCUUCUCACUCACUGUAAGGUCUGCGAUGGAUCCUUUGGACUCGAGCGAGAGGUGCUGCUGUGUGCGCUGGAAGAACUCCCGCUGCAGCUGCUUGACCGUCACCACGUCACCCGCUACCAUCACGUCUCCUGAACACACCACACAACGCCACGCCACAGAUGCAUGUGACACGUGUCUCAUCGACCAGUCGCCCAUCCAUCCAUCCAUCCAUCCAUUGGACCUGUGAGUUCUGGGUUGCAUACGACUUUGGCGAUGUACACGGCGAUGUCGUCCUGUAAGUGAGAAGGCGGGCAAACAUGUAAGCCUCAUGUGCCUUCUGUCCUUGUGUGUAUGUGUUUACCUGGCAGGUCAUGUCGAGGGCCUGGUAGGGCGACCCGUAGUAACACAAACGCGAAGCUGAUGCGUCCCACAACUGAUGAACAACAAGGAGACAAGGGGCCGGGUGUGUAGACGUGUGUAGGUGAUGUGUCAUCCCGGAGUCAUCGAUAUCCCGGCCGCCCACCGCCAUAUCGUCCGAGAAGAGGGCUUCCAUGGGUAUGCCGGUGUGCAGGUACAGCGCCGCCAUGGACGUCUUGCCCAGCUCCUCCCGUACGCGCUUCAUCUGACGCAGCGGAAUCAGAUCCUCUAUCGUCGCCUCACUGAACGAAAGGAGAGAGGGAGAGAGGGAGAGAGGGAGAGAGGGAGAGAGGGAGGGAGGAGCGUGUCCCCUGUGUGUGUUUUCAUGCCGGCCUGCCGACCAACCGGUAGUCUAGGAAGAAGUUGGAGGGGAUGAAGCGCUUCACGCCUGAGGCGUCGGCCUCCCUCACCAAAUUAACGGGACCCUGACACACACACACAUACCCCGCCGCAUAAACAAACAACAAUGGAGCACAUUCAUGUCCCCUCCCUGGUAUGUUUAUUCACCGUGGUGCCGCCUCCCUCCUCGCCCUCGACCAAACACAGGACGGUGUGCACACCGGCACACACACCCCUCAGUGUGUGUGCAUUCUCGAUAUCUCCGUCAUACACCCUCACGCCCUUCUGCUCAUACAUGUCCACGAUGUCGCGCAACUCGUCCCUCUCCGGCUUGUCAAACAAUACGGACAGCUGCAGCUGCACACCCACCCCGCCACCACCACCACUACCACUACCACGGCCACCCUCCUCGCCCUGCUGCUGCUGCUGCUGGUGGUGAUCGAGCAGGGCGCCCAUCACUUUCUGGCCCAGCUCCGUCUCCGCCCCCACCACCAACACGCGCAUCGGCCGGCUGGCCUUGUUGUUGUAUGCCUGCUGGGCCUCCCCCGCGCCCCCCUGCACCUGCAUCUGCAUCUUUGCCGGUGUGUAGGAGCGUGUGAUGGUACGGAGGUCGGCCACCGUAUGCGGGACGUAGCUGCGGUGCUGCACCAUCAGCGGAGGGGCCAUGACCGCCACAGGGCCAGGCUUUGGGAGGGCAGCGUAGCUCAUCAUGUGCACGGGGCGGGACCGGUCACCACUGGUGAGGGGUGGUAAUGCCGGGGCCGCGUAUGUGGAUGAUGCGAGUGUGGUGGUCCGCCGCAGCGACGGCGUGGCAACGCCCGUGGGAGGAGGGCGAAAACUCACCGGUACCGGACGAAACCCACCUGAGAAGCCACACAGACACAGAACAAAACAUCAUGAUGGAGAAACAUCCGGCGAAUGACAACACAGAGCCGUCGUGUACCGGGCGUCGGGAGCGGCGGUGAGGCCAUCACCGAGGGCUUCAUGGCAACAGGCCCAUGGAGAGGCUGCCGGAACGUGGCAUAUGGCGCAUAGGGCGGCGCAUGGGAAGCGAGCGGUCCGGCAGUCCCUGGAGGAGGCCGCAGGUAGGUGUAGGUCUGCGAUAGGGCAUGGCGGGCAUGGUACUCGCCGCCGGUGGGUGGCGGACGAGGCCUGCUAGCCAGAGGGUAAGGCUGGAUGGAAGGAAAUGGCAGCAUCUGGCGUCUUG